AUGUCUGCGGCCCCACUGCAGAUUGUCAACGAAAGGCACCUUAAUACGCGCACCAAUGCUGUUUUCACGCCCACUAAACACACAGCUGGCAAAGAAAAUCAACAUCUGAGCAGCAAUAAGCGGCUUGACCAUAACAAUGACCAGCAUAGGCAGCCAGCUCAAAAGAAGAAGAAAGAGAAGCUGUCUGCACUAUGCAAAACCCCGCCAUCUUUGAUUAAAACAAGAGGCAGAGACUACCAUAGGGGCCAUUUCCUAGGAGAGGGAGGAUUUGCGAGGUGCUUUCAAAUCAAAGACGAUAGCGGUAAAAUCUUUGCUGCCAAAACUGUUGCGAAAAUCUCUAUAAAGUCUGAAAAGACGAGAAAGAAACUCUUGUCGGAGAUACAGAUCCACAAGAGUAUGAGGCAUUUCAACAUAGUACAGUUUAUCGAUUGUUUUGAAGAUGACACCAAUGUCUAUAUCUUGCUGGAGAUUUGCCCUAACGGGUCCCUAAUGGACCUCUUGAAAAGACGAAAAGUACUGACAGAACCUGAAGUGCGGUUUUUUACUACUCAAAUUGUUGGUGCUGUGAAGUACAUGCAUAGUAGACGUGUUAUUCAUAGGGAUUUGAAGUUAGGCAAUAUCUUCUUUGACAAGCAUUACAAUUUGAAAAUUGGUGACUUUGGACUAGCGGCUGUCCUAGCAAACGACAGGGAGCGUAAAUACACUGUUUGUGGUACGCCAAAUUAUAUUGCCCCUGAAGUCUUGACUGGGAAACACACGGGCCACUCUUACGAGGUUGACAUAUGGUCAUGCGGUGUUAUGAUAUAUGCCCUUUUAAUUGGGAAGCCGCCAUUUCAAGCAAAAGAAGUCAAUAUUAUCUACGAACGAAUCAAAUGUGGGGAUUAUGUUUUUCCAAGGGACAAAUGCAUUUCCCAGGAGGCCCUAACUCUGAUUAGGGAUAUUUUAUCGAUCGACCCACUCGAACGACCUUCACUUGACGAAAUCAUCGAUUAUGUGUGGUUCAGAGGCAUUUUCCCUCCUCGAAUUGAUGCAAGCGUCUUGAGCUCGGCACCAUCAUAUGAGAAUUUAGAUGCUGCUCAAUCACUAGCUAAUUUCAAAAACUGCAUGGCACAUUCAGGACUGUUAAGUGGCUCUUCAUCCUCGACCAAAGAUCCAAUCAGGAUGGUGAAAACAGAUCUGGAGCAAGAGAAGAGUAGAACUAUUUUGCCUCAGUCGCUGUCUCCUGGUGGAACCAAGAAUAAAUACCAGGAGGUUGUGGACCUUGAUGCCCAACGAAAGCUGAAUGACUUAGCACGCGAAGCAAGGGUUAGAAGAGCUCAGCAGGCUACUAUUAAAAAGGACCUCGUGGCGACUUCUACAAACGCAAUCAAAUCAGAGAUAUCUCUGAGGAUAUUGGCAAGUGAAUGUCAUUUAACCUUGAACGGAAUUCUUGAGGCAGAAGCACAAAAGCGGAUGGGUGGCUUGCCCAAAUCAAGGCUUCCGAAAUUGAAAAAUCCGAUUGUUGUGACAAAAUGGGUUGACUACUCUAAUAAGCAUGGCUUUUCAUACCAGCUUUCCACAGAUGAUAUUGGCGUGCUUUUUAAUAAUGGGACGACAGUGCUAAGAUUAGCUGAUGCUGAAGAGUUCUGGUACAUAAGCUAUGACGACAGAGAAGGGUGGGUAGCAAGCCACUACAAUCUAGCGGAAAGGCCACACGAGCUAGCGAGGCACCUAGAGGUCGUGGACUUCUUUUCAAAAUACAUGAAGGCGAACUUGAGCAGGAUCUCGACUUUCGUCCGUGAGGAAUACCAUAAGGACGACGUCUUCCUCAGAAGAUACACACGUUAUAAACAGUACGUUAUGUUUGAGCUGAGUGAUGGAACAUUUCAGUUUAAUUUCAAAGAUCACCACAAAUUUGCAGUAUCUGAAGGUGGUUCGCUAAUAACCUACAUUUCACCGGACCGCGAGAGCUGUACUUUCCCCACCGUGGAGCUUCUGAAAACUGGAGAAAUACCGAACCACCCAGAAAUCAACUUCACAGAUAAACUAUUCAUGAUUAAGGAGGGGUUGAAACAGAAAGCGUCAAUUGUGUCCAUUACCCAAUCUCAACUAUAA